AUGGAGAGAAGGGAAUGGGACAACAAGAAAUUGCUCAUGGAGUUUCACUUGUUGGGACUGGGGGAUGCCCAUGAGCUCCAGACAGCACUCUUUCUGCUCUGUCUGACCAUAUACACAGUAAUCAGGGUGGGGAACUUCCUCAUCAUUGUGCUGGUGGUCACAGACCCGCAUCUCCACACACCCAUGUACUUCUUCCUGGUGUAUCUGUCCAGCCUAGAGACCUGCUACAGCUCCACCAUCCUACCCAGGCUGAUAGCCAGCUUCCUGACCAGAGACAGAACCAUCUCUGUGCAGGGAUGUAUGGCACAGUUUUUCUUCUUCAGCACUUUUACAACUUCUGAGUGUCACCUGCUGGCUGCUAUGUCAUACAAUUGGUUCUACUGCCCCAGUGCAAUUGACCAUUUCUUCUGUGAAGAAACUCCAUUGCUAGAAAUCUCAUGCAGUGACACUAGGAUGGUUAGAUUUCCUGUCAUCGUAUUAUCUUUCCCAGAUGUAAUUUUCCUAUUUCUGUUCGCUCUGGCAUCCUUUGUCUACAUCAUAGCUGUUAUCCUGAGGAUCCCAUCCAGCAUGGGGAGGCACAAGGCCUUCUCCACCUGCUCCUCUCACCUCACUACGGUCUUUGUUUUCUACGGGACCGUCAUCAUUGUUUACAUGCUGCCCAGAACAAGUUCUUUGGACAUGGGUGUGACGUUCAGCAAUCAGAUGGAGGUGCUUGUACAAGUUGGUACCUCAGAUUGUCCUUAUAGCCCAACUGUAGAGACACAAGAUGGAGAAGUGGAGUUUAAGGUGGGUGAAAAAUUCACUAGAUAUCUGGGCUCAGAGGAUUCUCCCUAG